AUGGCGGAAGCGGAGGCACAGGAAACCGUGUCUCCUGAAGAAUCUACCGAUGAGUCUGAGGAAGAAGAGAGUGAAGAGGAACCCAAACUUAAGUAUGAAAGGCUUUCCAAUGGGGUAACUGAAAUCCUUCAAAAGGAUGCUGCUAGCUGCAUGACAGUCCAUGACAAGUUUUUGGCACUGGGCACACAUUAUGGCAAGGUUUAUUUACUUGAUGUCCAGGGGAACAUCACUCAGAAGUUUGAUGUGAGUCCUGUGAAGAUAAAUCAGAUUAGCCUGGAUGAAAGUGGAGAACACCUGGGCGUGUGUUCCGAGGAUGGCAAGGUGCAGGUGUUUGGACUGUAUACUGGAGAAGAAUUUCAUGAGACCUUCGACUGUCCCAUUAAAAUCAUCGCCGUGCACCCACACUUCGUGAGGUCCAGCUGCAAGCAGUUCGUGACUGGAGGGAAGAAGUUGCUGCUGUUUGAACGGUCUUGGAUGAGCAGAUGGAAGUCUUCCGUUCUGCAUGAAGGGGAAGGGAACAUAAGGAGUGUGAAGUGGAGAGGCCAUCUGAUUGCGUGGGCCAAUAACAUGGGUGUGAAGAUAUUUGACAUCACCUCAAAGCAAAGAAUCACAAACGUGCCCCGGGAUGACAUCAGUCUUCGCCCAGAUAUGUACCCCUGCAGCCUCUGCUGGAAGGACAGUGUGACCCUGAUUAUCGGCUGGGGGACUUCUGUCAAGAUAUGCUCGGUGAAGGAACGGCACGCCAGUGAAAUGAGGGACUUGCCAAGCCGAUAUGUUGAAAUAGUGUCCCAGUUUGAGACCGAAUUCUACAUCAGUGGUCUUGCGCCUCUCUGUGAUCAGCUUGUUGUGCUUUCCUACGUGAAGGAGGUGUCAGAAAAAACGGAAAGAGAAUACUGUGCCCGGCCCAGGUUGGAUAUUAUCCAGCCACUCUCCGAGGCCUGUGAAGAGAUCUCUUCCGAUGCUCUGACAGUGAGAGGCUUCCAGGAAAACGAAUGUCGGGAUUAUCACUUAGAGUAUUCUGAAGGGGAAUCCCUCUUUUACAUCGUGAGUCCAAGAGAUGUCGUGGUAGCGAAGGAACGGGACCAAGAUGACCACAUUGACUGGCUCCUUGAAAAGAAGAAAUAUGAGGAAGCUUUGAUGGCAGCUGAAAUUAGCCAAAAGAACAUUAAAAGACAUAAGAUUCUGGACAUCGGCUUGGCAUAUAUAAACCACCUAGUGGAAAAAGGAGAGUAUGACAUAGCAGCACGCAAAUGCCAGAAAAUUCUUGGGAAAAAUGCAGCACUCUGGGAAUAUGAAGUUUAUAAAUUUAAAGAAAUUGGACAGCUUAAGGCCAUUAGUCCUUAUUUGCCAAGAGGGGAUCCAGUUCUGAAACCACUCAUUUAUGAAAUGAUCUUACACGAAUUUUUGGAAAGUGAUUAUGAGGGUUUUGCCACGCUGGUCCGAGAAUGGCCCGGAGAUCUGUACAACAAUUCGGUCAUAGUUCAAGCAGUUCGGGAGCACCUGAAGAAAGACAGCCAGAACAGGACCUUACUUCAGACCCUGGCAGAACUGUAUACCUAUGAUAAAAACUAUGGCAAUGCUCUGGAAAUAUACUUAACCUUAAGACAUAAGGAUGUUUUCCAGUUGAUUCACAAGCAUAAUCUAUUCAGCUCUAUCAAGGAUAAAAUUGUUUUGUUAAUGGAUUUUGAUUCCGAGAAAGCUGUUGACAUGCUUUUGGACAAUGAAGAUAAAAUUUCAAUUAAAAAGGUAGUGGAAGAAUUAGAAGACAGACCAGAAUUACAACAUGUGUAUCUGCAUAAGCUUUUCAAGAGAGACCAUCAUAAGGGGCAGCGCUACCAUGAAAAACAGAUCAGCCUUUAUGCUGAAUAUGAUCGACCAAACUUACUUCCAUUUCUCCGAGACAGUACCCAUUGCCCACUGGAAAAGGCUCUUGAGAUCUGUCACCAGAGAAACUUCGUAGAAGAGACUGUUUAUCUUCUAAGCCGAAUGGGUAAUAGCCGGAGUGCCCUGAAGAUGAUCAUGGAGGAAUUACAUGACGUGGAUAAAGCAAUUGAAUUUGCCAAGGAGCAAGACGAUGCAGAGCUCUGGGAAGACCUGAUUUCAUAUUCCAUCGACAAACCACCGUUUAUUACUGGCUUGUUAAACAAUAUUGGCACGCAUGUUGACCCAAUACUACUGAUUCACCGUAUCAAGGAAGGAAUGGAGAUUCCCAAUCUGAGAGAUUCCUUGGUUAAAAUUCUUCAAGACUAUAAUUUACAAAUCCUGCUUCGUGAAGGCUGCAAGAAAAUUCUCGUGGCAGACUCUCUGUCCUUACUGAAGAAAAUGCAUCGAACUCAGAUGAAAGGCAUUCUGGUCGACGAGGAAAACAUCUGUGAAUCGUGCCUGGCCCCUAUUCUUCCAUCAGAUGCAGCCAAGCCCUUCAGCAUGGUGGUCUUCCAUUGCCGGCACAUGUUCCACAAGGAGUGCCUGCCUGUGCCCAGCAUGACCUCUCAGGCACAGUUCUGCAACAUCUGCAGUGCUAAGCACCGGGGACCAGGAAGCGCCAUUUUGGAGAUGAAAAAAUAG